UACUUUUUUCAUUUUCCAGUGGCCUGUGUCAAAACCGUUUUCGGAGAAGCUGUUGUACAGACUCUAGAAGCUCUGUCAUAAAUGUAAGAGGAGUCGUUCCAAAUCAGGAUUUCUCUGCCAUAACAAACUUUUUGACGAAGAGUAGAAUCAGUUCUGGAAAUAUGACACUCCCAAGUGCUGCCCGAGUUUAUACAGAUGUGAAUGCACACAAACCGGACGAGUAUUGGGACUAUGAGAAUUAUGUAGUUGAAUGGGCUAACCAGGAUGAUUACCAGCUGGUUCGAAAAUUGGGUCGUGGCAAAUACUCGGAAGUAUUUGAAGCUAUUAAUAUUACAACGACGGAGAAGUGUGUGGUUAAAAUCCUCAAACCCGUAAAGAAGAAGAAAAUUAAGCGUGAAAUAAAAAUAUUAGAGAAUUUGCGAGGUGGAACUAAUAUAAUUACUCUAUUAGCGGUUGUAAAAGACCCCGUUUCACGUACUCCCGCUUUGAUAUUUGAGCACGUCAAUAACACCGAUUUUAAACAACUUUAUCAAACUUUAACGGACUAUGAGAUCCGUUAUUACUUAUUUGAAUUACUGAAAGCUCUGGACUAUUGCCAUAGUAUGGGCAUAAUGCACAGGGAUGUAAAACCUCAUAACGUUAUGAUUGAUCACGAAAAUCGUAAAUUGCGCCUGAUUGAUUGGGGCUUAGCAGAAUUUUAUCAUCCCGGCCAGGAGUAUAAUGUUCGAGUGGCAUCUCGAUAUUUCAAAGAGCCGGAAAUGCUUAUUGACUAUCAAAUGUAUGAUUACUCAUUAGAUAUGUGGUCUUUGGGCUGUAUGUUAGCUAACUAUGUCCGUAUUGCCAAAGUGCUUGGCACUGAAGAAUUGUAUGCAUAUUUAGAUAAAUACAAUAUUGAACUAGAUCCUCGAUUCCAUGACAUUUUACAAAGGCACUCUCGAAAGAGGUGGGAAAGAUUUGUCCAUUCGGAUAAUCAGCAUCUUGUUUCACCAGAGGCCCUUGAUUUUCUUGAUAAGCUUUUGCGUUAUGAUCAUGUUCAAAGGUUGACUGCAUGUGAAGCAAUGGCUCACCCCUACUUUUUACCAAAUGUGAACGGGCAAAUAGAAUUUACCAAUCAGCAAUAAAAGUAUAUACAAUUGUAAACAUGCGUUGUCCGAAUGGAGGUUAAAAGUAACUUCAUAGAUGAGCAACUUAAUUAAUACCAUAAAAAAAUUAGUUUAGUACGAAUCGACUCCAAAACAGAAAAGGAA